CCGCACGUCAACUCGGCACUUCUCAGCGAGAGCAGCGGAGACGCGAUGGGGAAACGCCGGCAGCAGCGGCUCCUCCGCCUCGCCGUCGCCGUCGUCGCGGCGGCCCUCGUCCUCUCCGCUUCGGCCAAGAAGUCCGGCGAUGUCACGGAGCUUCAGAUCGGUGUGAAGUACAAGCCAGAGUCAUGCACCCUGCAAGCUCACAAAGGCGACAAAAUCAAAGUGCAUUAUCGUGGAGCACUCACUGAUGGAUCAGUGUUUGAUUCUAGCUAUGACAGAGGUGACCCCUUUGAAUUCACUCUUGGAAACGGCCAAGUGAUAAAAGGUUGGGACCAAGGGUUACUAGGUAUGUGCGUCGGUGAAAAGAGGAAGCUAAAGAUACCUGCAAAGAUGGGUUAUGGGGAGAGAGGCUCCCCACCGAAGAUUCCAGGUGGAGCGACCCUAAUCUUUGACACGGAGCUUAUUGCUGUCAAUGGAAAGACAUCAGGUGAUCCUAGCAACAGCGAGCUUUGAUGUCGUCGCUAAUGCUUCACACACCGAAGAGUAGCGCCGUGUAGCACCUUCGCAGACAGCGAUUUUUUCACAAGUUCACAGUCAAAAAUUUGUUUCCAUCAUGUUACUUCUAAGUUCAAAGUUACAAAGUAGUGCUGGAACUAAGUGAAUCCUCGAGUCUUGAGAUGGUCUAAAACCUGAAAGAUGGUCUUGGACUGUUAACACACAUCAUCAGAGCUUGUUUUCUCUUGAACUGAAA